AUGUCGGAGGCAGCCUUGAAGCCCGAGAAGGACUUCUCGAAGGAGACGGACAAGCAGAUCCCGGAGGCAGAGAAGCUCGCAAAGAGCGAUAUCUCAGCUGCCAUCGAGAAGCUGAGCGUCUUGGAGAAGCAGACCCGUCAGUCCUCAGAUCUCGCAUCGACAUCGCGUAUACUCAUCGCCAUUGUCAACAUCACCAAGAAUGCCGGGGACUGGAGCUUGAUGAAUGAGCAGGUUCUGAUUCUCUCGAAGAAGCAUGGGCAGCUCAAGCAAGCUAUCACCAAGAUGGUCCAGGCGGUCAUGGGCUUCCUCGACUCUACCCCGAAUCUCGAAACCAAGCUUACCGUCAUCGAGACACUGCGGACGGUCACCGAGGGAAAGAUCUUUGUCGAAGUCGAGCGUGCGCGUGUGACCAAGACUCUGUCCGAUAUCAAGAAGGAGCAGGGCGACCUCAAGGCGGCGACAGAUAUCCUCUGCGAGCUCCAGGUUGAGACGUUCGGAUCUAUGGACCGAAGAGAGAAGACCGAAUUCAUCCUCGCACAAGUCGCUCUCUGCAUUGAGGUUGGCGACUGGACUCAAGCACAGAUUCUAAGCAGGAAGAUCAGCACCCGAUACCUGUCGCGAAAGCCGAAGAAGACGCCCGAGCAGCUGGAGAAGGAGAAGAAGGAGCGCGAGAAGAAGAAGGCGAGAGGCGAGGAAGUCCCCGAAGAGAAGGAGGAUGACACAACAGACCUGAAGCUGCGGUACUACGAGCAACAGAUCAUCCUUGCGAAGCAUGAUGACAAGUACCUUGAUGUCUGCAAGCACUACCGCCAGGUUCUGGACACUGAGGCCGUCGAGGAAGACCCCAAGAAGCUCCACCCUGUCCUCCAACGCAUCAUCUAUUUCGUCAUUCUUGCCCCUCACGACAACGAGCAGCACGAUCUGCUGCACAGAAUCCAGAAGGACUCUAGAAUCGGCCAAGUCACCCAGGAGGCCGAGCUUCUUAAGCUUUUCACAGUCCACGAGCUCAUGCGCUGGCCAGAGGUUGCAAAGACUUUCGGCCCUCACCUGUGCGAAACCGAUGUCUUCGACGCCCAGGCCGGUCAGUCGGACGACGAGAAGGCGCACCAGCGCUGGUUGGAUCUCCGCAAGAGAGUCAUCGAGCACAAUGUGCGUGUGGUCGCCAAGUACUACACCCGCAUCCAGACUCAGCGCCUUACCCAGCUGCUGGAUCUCACUGAGGACGAGACGGAGAAGUACAUUAGCGAGCUGGUUACCUCCAAGACUAUCUACGCCAAGAUCGAUCGCCCUGCGCGCAUUGUGAGCUUCGCGAAGCCCAGAGAUGCAGAUGACAUCUUGAAUGAGUGGAGCUCCAACAUGAAGAGCUUGUUGGGUCACCUCGAGCGUAUUGAUCAUCUCAUUACCAAGGAGGAGAUGAUGGCCAACAUUCAGCCUGGCGCGUCCAAGUCGGGCAAGGGAAAGUCUACUAAGGCGCAUUAG